AAACAAGGAAGAGUGCAGGAAUAAGGCUGUACUCAGUCACGUAUUGACUAAUUGUCUGCAAUGUCAAAUAUGCUUCAUCAUCAGUUACACUUUCAAUGAACAGUUUUUCUUGAAAUCUUUUGCUGGGUUGCUAGAGGUCACUGUAACGUAUAGGUUCUCUUUUAGAAACAAUACAAGACCUAAUUUAUAAUUGACAGGGAAAGAGAAGGAAGAAUGUAACACGAAGAGACAAGCCCUGAGAAAACACUACUCUGCCAUAACUUGAGAACCAAGAAGUCUUCUUAUUUUACAGGACCGAAAACUGAAAGAAGGAAAAUGGCAAAAGGAAAGAAAAAAGCAGGACCAAAAGGAAAGAAAAUCACCCUUAAAAUGGCCAAAAGCUCCAUAAAGAUGACAGUUGAUGGCAAAAGACGACUUGACCUCAGCAACAUGGGCAUUGCAACAUUCCCCAAAUGCUUACUUAAACUGGCAGAUGUGGAGGAGCUCGAUCUUAGCAGAAAUAUGCUCACAAAAAUUCCAGAGUAUAUUGAAAAGUUUCAGAAUCUGCGCUGGCUUGAUUUACACAGUAACCAUAUCGAAAAGAUCCCAGACAGCAUUGGGCAACUACAAAACCUAUAUUAUCUCAAUCUUUGCAAUAACAAAUUGACAGCAAAUUCAAUCCCCAUUGAAAUCAGCCAGCUAAAGAACAUGCGUCAUCUGAAUCUUGGAAUGAAUGAAUUUGAAUGCAUCCCAACAACAAUCGCAGCUCUGAAAGAACUGCAGGAAUUGGGUCUUUUUGACAAUAAGCUCACCACCCUCCCUGAAAAUGUUGCAAAGCUCCCAAAGCUCAAAAAGGUUAAUACCAAACGGAAUCCAUUCCCACAGCCAGCAGAGGAAGAAGAGUUGGACCCCAUAAAACGUGUAGAGAGCCUUUACUUGGUUCAUGAAGAUAAACUGUGUGUGCCAUGUUCGAAAAAGUGCAAAGAUGAAAGGGAGAAGUUGAACAAAAUGAAAACAUGUACAUCUUCACAAAAGAAAGUAAAUUUUACUGGGCUUAUUACCCCAAAUUCCAUAGCUCAAGAAACCCAAGCAGUGUGGAGGUAAAUAAAUCUAAUCAGGAAAAAAAUGUUAAAAAAAAUUAAUAAACCUAACCUAAUAAACCUAAUUAGAUAGAUAGAUAGAUAGAUAGAUAGAUAGAUAGAUAGAUAGAUAGAUAGAUAGAUAGAUAGAUAGAGUGCAUAAUAAAUACUGUACAUACAGAAUUAAUUUUCAUACAAAGGUAUACAGUUAAUCCUGAAUGAUACAGCUGAAAUUAAUUUUAUCUAUCUGCAAAUAUAGCCAUUCACUACAUUUUGGGAAACCAUCACUUUGGAAGCGCAUAGCUUGUUAUGAUUAGUGUUGUUCAAAUCACAAAUAUUCUGAGGCUUUUUUCCUAAGCAAAAUACAUCAAGGUGAAAUUUUCUUACACUUUAAGCAUAUGCUGUGCCAAAGAACCUAAGCGUGUCAUCUAGACAUUUACAGUCCAUACGUUUCUAUCCAACUUUCCUUUACAUACUCAAAAGGCAUAAAAUCAAAAUCUUACUAAAGAUUAUAUGUCUUUUAAAAUAAAAGUAUGAAUUAACCUAAUGUUCGGAUUCAGCGGGUUGGAAAAUGGAUGGAUUAACCUAAUGAGAGAAUAAAAUACAUGCUUGAAGCCAUUAAUGUUUUCAAUGGUAUUAUUUUUUUUUUUUUGAGAUUGCACUAAAAAGUCUGUUUAGAAUCAUGAAGACAAGGAAAGUAUUGGCCACUAAAUGUAUCUACAUGAACAACACUACAAGAACCUACUUAUUCAAAUUCCUGAACACAGGAAAAGGUGCUUCGCAGGUAUCCUGAAGGCACUAAAACAAGCUUUGGCCCAAGAUGAAGACUACAUAAUUUAGUAACACUUUUGUUUAAGUAUGGCAAAAAUUUAUCUGUUACUCAUUUACUCUUAUGUAGCAAGAUCUUAACAAAGGCUUCUUUUGGUCG